AUGCUACGCGACGAAAUAUUACGGUCCGUGUGCGGUCCGUCUACAUCACCCGACCCCAUAGAGCGCUUGCUCGAAGAAGAUCUCGAGACCGCAUGGCACUUUCAGCGCGAAGCUGUCCUUCGCAACAACCUCAAGAUAAUCUGGUCCCCUGUAGACUCAUACUUAACAGUCCUCAAAUCGGGUGUCUUCCCUACUCACCGUCCCUGCCGCGACAUGUUCAACAAGCCCACCGCUUUUUACUUCGAGCAAUCCGCUCAGUGCGGUCGCUAUGACAACAUCCAUGGGUACCCCUGCAUACAACGUAUAUUCAUCGCAUCUAUGUUCGAAGCAUGGCGCGCACGUUGCGGCGAUAUGCUGAAUAUCGAGUUCGGACAUUUUCUAGCCAACCCUGUUCGAAUCACGAAACAAGGACCACAAACGCUGGGCGAAAUUGCUGUGGCCCAUAGGGCGCUUUGUGAUAUGGCGCAAGAGAAAGGUGUGGGAGAUGUGAAGCAUAAGAUACUGGAGUCAUAUCCUGUAAUCAUCCUAAUCUGCGAUCAAGAGAUAAAAACGGUCGGAAUGGACGAGGACGGACUUAUAAAUCUGCGUAAACUGGCAGAGGAAAUGACAGUCCUUGUGAUGCAUACUGGUACAUCCUUGCCAUCGCCGAUUACGCUCGAAGGCCUGGAGCCUCAUGCUCUGCCACUAGAUCGAUCGGACGCGCAUGGCAUAGAAGUGCGGCGAGUACCCAUAAAAAUCGCCGUAGACUUCAUUGUGGGUCUUGAGAAUCGUACGAGGGGGCCACAAAAGGAGCAGGCACACGAGUAUGACAGCGACUUAUGCCGACACGAAGUUCCGGAUGGCUUCGAUCGCAUUGUCAAGAAUGACCCGAAGAUGUGGGUUCCUGCCCUGAUGGCAUCGGCCAUGAGGAAGGGCUAUGACAGCCUGAAAGACACACGAGAAGCGAUUCAACGAAUUGAGGCUCGCGCUGCGGGGGUCUCAUGCGACUUCGACUUUGAGCAUGAGGAAUGGUCGCGCCACUGGAAGUCAGGGUAUGAUGUUACCCUUUGCGGCACCUCGCCCAUGCAUUGA